CUGAGACUUCAUCAGUGGCUGUGUUGAUGUCAAACCUCAUGAAAGGAGAGCUGCUUCCCUCUGCUCUCAUCUGGAUCACCUCCAGACCAGCAGCAGCCAAUCAGAUUCCCUCCAAAUACAUCCACCGUCUGACAGAAAUUCAGGGGUUCACUGAGCCUCAGAAGGAGGAAUAUUUCCGGAAGAGAAUCAGUGAGCAGCAUCAAGCCAGCAGAAUCAUCUCACACAUCAGAAGAGCAAGAAGCCUCCACAUCAUGUGCCACAUCCCCGUCUUCUGCUGGAUCUCAUCCACUGUGCUUCAGAAGCUCCUGGAAGAAGAUCUGAGUGCAGAAAUGCCUCAAACUCUGACUGAAAUGUACAUCCACUUCCUGCUGAUUCAGAUCAACAUGAGGAACCAGAAGUCUGAAGAGAGAGAUCCAGAGAAACUCCUGCAGUCCAACAGAGAAGGGAUUGUGAAACUUGCUGAAGUGGCUUUCAAACAGCUGAUGAAGGGAAAUGUGAUGUUCUAUGAGGAGGACCUGAUUGAGAGCGGCAUAGACGUCACUGAUGCCUCAGUGUAUUCUGGGAUUUGCACUGAGAUCUUUAAGCAGGAAUCUGUGAUUCAUCAGAGGAAAGUCUACAGCUUCAUUCAUCUGAGCAUUCAGGAGUUUCUUGCUGCUUUCUAUGUUUUUUACUUUCAUGUGAAUAAAACUAUGGAGGAAUUUAAGAAUUUAGCUUCAGUACAAUAUUUGCUUAAAGGUGUAGUAGAUGAAUCACUUCAGAGCAGAGAUGGCCAUCUGGAUCUGUUCCUGCGGUUCCUGCUGGGCGUCUCACUGGAGUCCAAUCAGAGACUCUUACAGGAUCUACUGACACACACAGAGAACAGCUCAGAGAGCAUCAGGAGAACCACACAGUACAUUAAAGAGAAGAUCAGAGAUGGACAUGGACUCUCCACUGAAAGAUCCAUCAAUCUGUUCCUCUGUCUGCUGGAAGUGAAAGAUCAGACUCUGUUCAGAGAGAUUCAAGAGUUUGUGAAAUCAGACAAACACUCAGAGAAGAAACUCUCUCCUGCUCACUGCUCAUCAAUCGCCUACAUGCUUCAGAUGUCAGAGGAGCCGCUGGAUGAGAUGGACCCAAAGAAAUACAACACAUCAGAUAAGGGGAGAAGAAGACUGAUACCAGCUGUGCUCAACUGCAGAAAAGCUCUUCUUACUGGCUGUAAUCUGACUGGUCAGUCAUUUGAAGUUGUGUUAGCAGCUCUACAAGCCCCAAACUCUUUCCUGAGAGAGCUGGAUCUGAGUAACAAUGACCUGCAGGAUUCAGGAGUGAAGCUGCUCUCUGAUGCACUGAAGAAUCCAAACUGUCAGCUGCAGAUACUGAGGUUAUCAGGCUGUAUGGUGUCAGAGGAAGGCUGUGGUUAUUUGUCUUCAGCUCUGAGUUCAAACCCCUCACAUCUGAGAGAGCUGGAUCUGAGCUACAAUCACCCAGGACCAUCAGGAGUCCAGCUGCUCAAACACAAACUGGAGGAUCCCAACUAUAAACUGCAGAUACUCAAUUUGGACCAUGGAAACCAUUUUAGACUUACACCAGGACUGAGAAAAUAUGCCUGUGAUCUCACACUGGAUCCAAACACAGCAAACACUAAACUCAUCCUGUCUGAAGGAAACAAAAAGGCAACGCGUGUUAAAGACAAGCAGUCAUAUCCGGAUCAUCCAGAGAGAUUUGAUUCCCAUGAGCAGGUUCUGUGUGGAGAGAGUAUGACUGGACGCUGUUACUGGGAGGCUGAAUGGAGUGGAAUGGAGGUUGUUAUAUCAGUGACGUAUAAGGGAAUCAACAGGAAAGGAGAGAGUGACUGUUGGUUUGGAUACAAUGACAAAUCCUGGAGUCUCUUCUACUCUAAAAACAGAACCAAUGUCUGUCACAAUAAUGAAAGCGAUACCAUAUCAGCCCCUUCGUCAUCCUCUAAUAGAGUAGGAGUGUAUCUGGACUGGCCGGCCGGCACUCUGUCCUUCUACAGCGUCUCUGACACACACACACUAACACAUUUACACACAUACAACACCACAUUCACUGAACCCCUCUAUGCUGGAUUUGGGGUUUAUGGCUCAUCUGUGUCUCUGUGUCUUUAUAACUGAAUUUAACACGGCAAAUUCUGAGCAGCUGUGUGUUGCUAAAGAGUGCUGCAUUUUGCUCAAACCCUGAUCAAACUGUGCAUUUCCUUCUGCACUGGCACUAAACUCUGGAGGACAGUAAACUUUGGUGACCAGGGGCCCGUUCUUCGUACGUCACUAACUCAGUUAGCUGGAUUUGAUUGUUGAUGAUU